AUGCACAAACGAGGCAGAUCUGUAGUUAAAAUCAUUGAACAUUUUGAACUUGGAGGAUUUGUUUAUAUAGUUAUGGAAUAUUGCAAAGAUGGGAGUUUGCGAGAUUAUGUAAAGAAAAACGGGCCAAUGGGAGUUCUUUUAGCAACUGAUAUUCUUAUACAAUUAUGUGAGACAUUGAAAUUAAUUCAUGAUGAGGAUAUCGCACAUAGAGACUUGACACCAAGUAAUGUUUUAAUUUGGGAAAUUAAAAGAGGAAGAGAUGGCGAUGUUAAACGAAUUCGUGUGAAAGUUACUGAUUUUGGAUUAUCUAAAGAAACACCAAAUAACAAACAAGGACUUUUUAAGACAACACUUGGAACUGAACCGUUUAUGGCUCCUGAAGUUCAUGCUGGGAAAUAUACAAAAGCUGCAGAUGUUUUUGCACUUGGCUCAAUAUUUUAUUUUCUUUUAACAGGAAGUUAUUUAACUGAUAGAUUCAAUUCUGAUAAACGUUUGAAACUUUCAAAUGCUUUGGAUGGUCUUAUAAAAAGGAAUUCGAUAGCGAAAUUCGAUUCAAAUAUUCAGAAUAAUUUGAAAUCAUUUAUGCAUGCAAUGCUUUGCGACGAAAAAUCUAGAAUUCGUUUAGACGAAAUUAGACAAGAUAAAUUUAUGGAAUGGUUUUAUGAUGAACGUUAUGAAAUUGAUCCAGAAUUAAGAGAAUUUUGUUCACACUCACAAAAUGGGCAUUUGAGAAGUAGAAGUCAAAGUAGAGAGUCUGAAAGAAAACCGUUAAAACAAAUUAACAGACAAGAUGUACAAAAAAGAUCAAACAGAGAUUCAGCAUUUGGAAGUGACCAAAGUAAUAGUGGAAGUGGUCGUUGUCGUCAUCCAAAAGUCGAUGAAAAUACUGGCCGUUGCUUAACAUGCCCCUUUAAGUUGGUUAUAUUAACAUUUUAA